AUGGGGAGUACACGAGGGUGGCGCAUGGCGGGGAUGGAGGUUCCAAUAUUCGGCACCGAUUCCAUCAAGUGGCAUCAAGUUUCUGUCCCUUUUACUUCAAAUUCUACUAUUAACACUCCUCCCAAUCCAAUAGCUAAGGAUUUUGCCUCUUUCUGUAUCGCGGGAGACCCACCUACCUAUUUUAUCUGGAAAACAUGCAAGAUUCAAUCAAAUAUGCUCGAGAUUUUAGAGCUCUCUAGUUAUAAAGAAAUACCAAGGAUUGGAAUCCGAAUCAUAUUUCCUGAUGCACUUUUUCCCUUUGCCUUUAUAUGCAAAGAUGAGGCCAAAUUUGCUUCCGGAAAUCAAUUUGUGCUUUAUGCUUUGACAAUCUCAGGGGUUGCUUACCUCAUAAGACUAAGGAAUAUUUAUGACCAUUCUCUUUUCCCAGCUAACGAUAUUCUUGAGUAUCAAACACAAAUUCAACCACAUCAUGGAGCAAUAACUGCAGUUGCAGCAAGACCAGGAUGUCUUGUUGUAGGAAGGACGGAUGGAUCUAUUAGUUGUUUCCAAGUUGGCAUUCUUGACCCGAGUGCUCCAGGCUUUGUGUCUGAACUACGAGAUGAUGCUGGUUUUGGUCGGUUGUGGGGCAUAAUGUCAAGGAGUCGGACGGUAGCUGCUGUACAGGAUUUGGUCAUAUCAGAGGUAUCAAAUAAAAAGCAUCUUUUUGUGCUUCAUUCUGAUGGAAGCUUCCGAGUUUGGGACCUUUUUAGCAGUAGUAAAAUUUUAAGUCAGGCAGUGGCAAUUUCAACAUCACCAGGUACAUUUGUAAGGCUAUGGGUGGGAGAAGCUAACCAUGAUACUGGCAUAAUUCCUCUGGCAAUGCUACAUGAACAGAACUUGGAUGUUAGAGUGGAUACUAUCUUUUUGUAUAGCCUUCGUUAUAAUCUGGGAGAUGGGAGAGUGUUGAUGCUGGAGCCAUCAUUAAAAAACAUCUCUUUAGGGGAGGGUGGACCAAUUGAUGUUAGACUUACUUCAGACAGAGUUUACAUACUUACAGAAGAAGGAUUGAUAACUCAAGAGUUGUUUAAUGGGGUGGAGGGAUUGGCAAAUUACUAUGCUUUGCAGGAUGUGUAUGUUGCAGACCUGCUAUUUCAAAGUUCUGAGCAUUCUUCAGAUGAUCUUCUUUGGCUUGCCUAUGCAGCAUUUUCAUCUUCCAAGGAUGAAAUUGCUCCAUUUGUAUCUUCUAUUUUCUUACGUAGGCUGCUUUUUCCUGGGGUUCAUCAUGCUUUGGUGCUCAGGAAAACUUUACAAGAAUAUAACAAGCACUUUACUGAUUCUGAGUUUGACUCCUUUACUGUUGAUGGACUAAAAAAUGAAAUUCUUUCACUUGUUGAGCGUCAGGGUGGCUGUGAAAAUCCAGUUUCAAUGCUUCAGUGUUGGAAAACUUUCUGUACCCGCUAUCUCAAUAAUUGGUGUAAAAACAAUGUAGCUUGUGGUCUACUGAUGGAUUCAGUCACAGGAGCUGUUGGUUUAAUCAGAAAAAAUGCAAUUUCUCUGUGCCGUGGUUUGGAGGACGUAGAACAUCUUAUAUAUGGUUCUUUUAAUGAACUUAGCAAUAAUACAAACUCUGGACUGCAAAUAUCUGGUGAUGAGCUUGAUCGGGAGAUUCUUUUUGAGUUACUCCAGUGUGUUAGUUGUGUGAGCCAGCAGUUGGGCAAAGCCUCUUCGGUUAUAUUUUACGAGUCACUUCUUAGCAUGCCUCAUAUCUCGUCUGAGGAGGUUGUACCUCGCUUUAUGAAGAUUCUACAAACAGGAUAUAGUUCAUCAAUUGCAGCUCUACAAAUAUCAGAAUUGGGAGCUGAUAUUGCAUGGGAGAAAGAAGUGUCGAAUCACAGAAGUUUAAGAAAAUUUUCAACAGAUAUGUUUUUGUCUCUUCAUUCUUUAUGCAAUAGAGCUAACACCUGGGGCAAAGUUUUGUAUGUUAUCGAGAGCUACUUAAGGUUUCUAGUGCCUCGUAAAAUUGUACUCGAAUUGGGUUCUGAAGCAGUCUUUAAUGUUAAUGGUUUUGCAAUAGUACAGGCUACUUCCCAAAUUGCCAAAGUUAUGUUUGAAUCUGCAUUGGAUGUUCUUAUGCUGCUAAGCUAUAUGGUUAGCAUCAGUGGGCAGAUUAAUAUGACACACAACGAUGUUUCAAGAGUAAAACUUGAGUUAAUUCCUAUGAUUCAAGAAAGUCUAACCGAAUGGCAUAUUAUCCAUUUCUUUGGGACCACACCAUCUGAAUCUCCUGCAAUUGAAGAUUUUAGUUCUCUACUUUCAUCGUUACAAAUCGAUGGCAAUGAUGAUAAAAGAUCGUUAAAUGAGAGGCUAGGGAAGUGUGAUUUUCCUUUAGCUUUUAUCCUAUUAUUAAGUAUGCAAAGUUCCUCUGGAGAUCUGGGCCACCUCUCUAGCAGCUUAAUUAGUUUAAGUCGGGAGUUCACUAGCUGGAUAAUAUGGGGAAGAGAUGGAGAAGAAUCUUCUGUAUCUUUCAGCCAUUCAAUUGAUCUUGCACUAGUCUUACUUAGACAUGGCCAGUUUAAUGCGGCCGAGUAUCUGCUUACUUUGGUGGAUGCAUAUUCACACAAGGAGAAAAUAUUUGAAAGCCUUCAGGUUCUGGGUGGGAAAUUACCCACACUUCUCCAUCUUCUUGGAUGUUGUCUUGUUGCUCAGACACAACAUGGAUUGCAUGGCCCAUUUAAAGACAGGAAACUUGGUGAAGCCGUUCGCUGCUUUUUCAGAGCUGCAUCACUCAAAGGAGCUUCCCAGGCUUUGCAAAGUUUGCCACAUGAAGCAGGAUGGCUGAGUGUUAGUUUCACUGGUUCUCUCCCACCUGCAGCAUGGAAGCUUCAAUAUUAUCAAUGGGUGAUGCAGAUAUUUGAACAAUAUAAUAUGAGUGAAUCUGCUUGCCAAUUUGCUCUGGCUGCACUUGAGCAAGUUGAUGAAGCUGUUAGUCCUAUAGAUAGCAGCUCCAGGGAAGAUUUCCUUGGGGGAUCAGUAACUUCAGUAAAGGGCCGACUUUGGGCAAAUGUCUUCAAGUUCACUUUGGAUCUUAAUUACUACCAUGAUGCAUAUUGUGCAAUAAUUUCAAAUCCUGAUGAAGAGAGCAAGAAUAUUUGUUUGAGGCGUUUCAUAAUCGUUCUUUAUGAGCGUGGUGCAGUAAAGAUACUUUGUGAUGGCCAGUUACCUUUGGUUGGUUUAGUGGAUAAGGUAGAGCGGGAGCUUGUGUGGAAGGCAGAGCGUUCAGAUUCUUCAGCUAAGCCAAACCCAUUCAAAUUACUUUAUGCAUUCGAGAUGUACAGACAUAACUGGCGUAAGGCUGCAAGUUAUAUGUACCUGUACUCCGUGCAGAUGAGGGCUGUAGCAGCAUUAAAAGAUCACCAGCCCAGGUCUUUGGCUCUGCAAGAGAGGCUGAAUGGGCUAUCUGCUGCUAUUAAUUCUCUACAUCUUGUUCAUCCUACGUAUGCUUGGAUUGAAGCUCCAGUUGACGAAACUUUUCUAUAUAAAGAAAACUACCCGAGUAAAAAGGCUAGGACAAUCAUGGAAGGAAAAUCUCUUGAUGAUGAUGGUCAGCCUCAAAAGCUGCAAUCAUAUUUGGAUGUUGAGAAACUUGAAAAUGAGUUUGUUAUCACAUCAGCGGAAUAUUUCCUUUCUUUGUCGAACGUCAAGUGGACUUUUACCGGAAAUGAUGGACCAUCAUCUGAUCUAAUUGAUCUGCUGGUAGAGUCAAAUUUAUAUGACAUGGCAUUUACUGUGAUCCUUAUGUUUUGGAAGGGUUCCAGACAGAAAAGGGAACUUGAAAGAGUCUUUACUGCAAUGUCAUUGAAAUGCUGUCCUAGCAGACCAUUUCCCCCGUCGCUUGGGAAUGAUAGUAAAACAAAUGGCCUUCUGUUGACUUCAUCACAAGAUGAGGCAGUUGUUCAUGGCUCACUUGAUGUGGGUACAACAGUGCAACAAUCUAAGAGCAAUCGACAGUGGGAAACACUUGAAGUCUAUCUUGAUAAAUACAACGCAUUUCAUCCCAGAUUACCAGUAAUUGUUGCUGAAACUCUUCUUUCUGCCGAUCCUCAGAUUGAAUUACCACUGUGGUUGGUUCGAAUUUUCAAGCGACCAGCAGACGUUAUUCGUCGUAAAGAACAAUUUGCGGUUUGGUUUCCUUACACUACAAUUGAACGUCUGUGGUGCCUUCUUGAGGAAUCUAUCAGAUUGGGCCACAGGAUUGAUCAAUCCGAAAAGCUGAAAAAAUUGUUGCACAGCGUGCUGGUGAACCAUCUCGCUCUGCUGAAAGUAGAUUCAGACGAUGUUCGUUGGAGCCUCAAUGUAAUCAAUUCCGUCUGCCUUAAAUCUAGUACUACUACUAUGCCAAUUUUGGUAGGAAAUUGGCUGGGAUCAGUUGUUUUGUGGAGGUUAGACGUGGCUCAAGAUUCAUCCAGAUACAAAGAAAUUCAGCAGAAAGGAGUGAACAUCAAGAAAACACACUACUCCCUCCUUUUUCACCAACUUUCUAAAUUCUAUCCGUUGGAUUACUUCAUCCGACAAGGCAAAACAAAUCCAACAAGAACCCACCUGGAAAAAAAAAAGAGCAAUUCAAUUUUCUCUCCAACAUCUGGUGUCUCGACCGAGAUGUCGGAUUCAGCUAAGGAGUCCGAUGGAAACCACGUUAACAAUGGGGGUCAGGUGAGGGAAGAUAGUGAGUAUGUAAGAUUGGUCAUACCAGAUGAACUAAGGAUAUCUGAACCUGAUACUUUGGAAUCUCAACCACAAGCCAGGACGAGAUCUCUUCUUACAUGGUGGAUCAAGGCCAUAACAUGGUGUUCAAUCACUAUAGUUGUUGUGCUUAUAUUUUUUAAAUGGGGGGUUCCCUUUCUUGUGGAGAAGGUUCUUUUCCCAAUCCUGCAAUGGGAAGCCACUGCAUUUGGUCGUCCUGUGCUUGCUCUCGUACUUGUAGCUUCUUUGGCAUUUUUCCCAGUGUUUCUUAUUCCUUCUGGUCCUUCCAUGUGGCUAGCUGGGAUGAUUUUUGGUUAUGGCCUGGGGUUUGUCAUAAUCAUGGUUGGAACUACUAUUGGAAUGAUCCUGCCAUACUUGAUUGGUUUACUCUUUCGUGAUCGAAUUCAUCAAUGGUUAAAAAGAUGGCCUCAGAAAGCUGCUAUGAUUCGAUUGGCUGGAGAAGGAAGUUGGUUCCAUCAGUUUAAAGUGGUUGCACUUUUUAGGAUUUCGCCAUUUCCGUACACUAUAUUUAAUUACGCGAUAGUGGUGACGAGUAUGACAUUCUGGCCCUAUUUGUGGGGAUCAGUUACCGGAAUGAUUCCUGAGGCCUUCAUUUACAUCUACAGUGGUCGACUCAUAAGAACGUUGGCAGAUGUCAAGUAUGGGAACCAUCACCUGACUCUGAGGCCAAUGGAGAAGGCUCUGCGCCUGGAAAGAACAAUUUCGAGCUGA